GGAAGCGGCCCGCUGGAGGCGACGCGUCCCGGCCGGGCGGCGGCGGCGGCUGCCAUGGAGGGGGAAGGGGAGCUGCUGUCCGCGCGGCCGGCGCUGGAGACAGAGGGGCUGCGCUUCCUGCACGUCACGGUGGGCUCGGUGCUGGCGAGCUACGGCUGGUACAUCCUCUUCAGCGGCAUCGUCCUCUACGCCGUCCUGCAGAAGCUGUCCGCCCGCCUGCGGGGCCUGCGGCAGAGGCGGCUGGCCGGCGCCGAGGCCGCGCUGGAACCCGAUGUUGUCGUCAGACGACAGGAGGCUUUAGCAGCCGCUCGUCUGAAAAUGCAAGAGGAACUCAAUGCACAAGUGGAAAAGCACAAGGAAAAGUUAAGACAGCUGGAAGAGGAGAGGAGGAGACAGAAGAUUGAGAUGUGGGACAGCAUGCAAGAAGGCAGAAGCUACAAAGGCAGCGCGCGGAGGCCUCAGGAGGAAGAUGGCCCCGGGCCCUCUACUUCAUCGGUCGUCCCGAAGCGGAAGUCUGACAAAAAGCCUCUGCGGGGCGGUGGUUAUAACCCUUUGACUGGCGAAGGAGGCGGAGCCUGUUCCUGGAGACCUGGACGCAGGGGCGGCCCAUCAUCUGGUGGAUGAGGCUAAGAACCUUGUUAGUGUCACUUUUGACAUUAGCAAGGUGACUCCUUGACCCUCAACUCAAUUGCCUUACACAUGCUUUUCACAGUGACAAGCCGAGGGGAGGUGGGGUUAUUUCUGUUCUUAGUGACACCUGUGGGUUUGAGGGCUUUGGUCAUGGGGUGUAGACAUUAGGACUAGGCAUGGGUCACAGUCCGCUUCCAGACGGUGACGCACUCAGCGAUCCCCUGCUUAGCCGAGCAGCAGAGUUGAUAAGCGAGGCCUAGGAAUGAUCUCUCCCGCUCGAGGUCCUUGCUGAAGGACAGUCUCUGUGAAGGUUGUGCUGAAUGAUGUCUUCCUUAUAAAUGGUGAGCCCACCAGUGAGGAUUACUGAUGCAGACAGUUGAUGGGGUUCAUUUCUGUAUAUUUGUUUUAUGUACAGAACUUUGUAAAAAACUAUAUUAAAAAAUUAUGAAUAACA